AGAUAUUGAACUUCCUUUUUCUUUCGACGACCUCAUUGAGAUGCCUCCAAUAGCGGCCCUCGCCCCAAUUGGAUUCCAAUAAAAUUGUUAUCAUUCUUAUCCUUAUUUUCUUUAUUUCGAAUAAUAAUUCCCUUUCUACUUGUUGAAUCGGAUCGAGAUCCAAUCUCCGCCAUGUCGAAAGCUAGGGUUUAUGCCGACGUCAACGUCGUCCGCCCCAAGGAGUACUGGGAUUACGAGUCGCUCACCGUCCAGUGGGGUGAUCAGGAUGAUUAUGAAGUUGUUCGUAAAGUAGGACGAGGGAAGUACAGCGAGGUUUUUGAAGGCAUCAACACAACAACAAACGAUCGUUGCAUCAUCAAAAUACUUAAGCCUGUUAAGAAAAAGAAGAUAAAGAGGGAGAUUAAGAUACUUCAGAACCUCUGUGGCGGUCCCAAUAUUGUGAAGCUUUUUGAUAUUGUCAGAGAUCAGCAUUCAAAAACCCCAAGCUUGAUAUUUGAAUAUGUAAACAGCACAGAUUUCAAAAUCUUAUACCCAACUCUGACGGACUAUGAUAUACGCUAUUACAUCUAUGAACUUCUCAAGGCACUAGACUACUGCCAUUCACAGGGAAUUAUGCACCGAGAUGUCAAACCUCACAAUGUCAUGAUUGAUCAUGAGCUCAGAAAGCUUAGGUUGAUUGAUUGGGGACUUGCUGAGUUCUAUCAUCCUGGCAAGGAAUAUAAUGUUCGUGUGGCUUCAAGAUAUUUCAAAGGGCCUGAACUCCUGGUUGAUUUGCAAGAUUAUGACUACUCCUUGGACAUGUGGAGUCUUGGUUGCAUGUUUGCUGGAAUGAUAUUUCGCAAGGAACCCUUCUUCUAUGGGCAUGACAACCAUGACCAGCUAGUUAAAAUUGCUAAGGUACUUGGAACCGACGAACUCAAUGUUUACCUAAACAAAUAUCAUUUAGAACUUGAUCCUCAACUUGAAGCUCAAGUAGGAAGGCACAGCAGGAAACCAUGGUCUAAAUUUAUAAAUUCAGACAACCAGCAUCUUGUCUCACCUGAGGCAAUUGAUUUUCUUGACAAGCUUCUUCGUUAUGAUCAUCAGGACAGGCUUACAGCAAGGGAAGCAAUGGCUCACCCUUAUUUCCUUCAAGUAAGGGCUGCAGAAAACAGUAGGAUGCGCGCCCAAUAGCAGUAAGUGAAGGAAGAGCAUCUAGUAAUGAAAUGGAAGUGUUGUGAUUGUUCUAUAUUUGAUGGUGGAUUGUCUCUUCGAUUUGGGCACAUGUGCUAUUAAUAUAUCUGUCAAGACUAUUUUCCUGAAACUGGCUUAGCAAUCAACAAAUGUAUGAGAAUCACCAGACUGGUCAAAACGUUCUGUUUUCCGUCACUCUUUAUCAGAUAGCAUGGAUCCAUUUAAUUCUCUAACUUGCAAGAUCUUCUGGUAGGGGUGGCUGGUGAUUUCCGUAGAUCAUCUGUAUCCUUGUAAACUUUUUUCCAAUUUUCUUUUCUUUUGCUGUUUUCUUCUAUCAUAUCUUUGGAAUCA